AUAAUUGUCAUCAGCGCUGAUGUCAUACUAUUUCUGUUGGCAUUCAUUAACAUCUCUCCCACACAAGAAGACCUUAGAUUUGGUUUCCAUUUACUCGUGAUCAUAAUAUUGGGCGGCAUAACAAUACUGAUAUCGUAUGCCUCAUACGUGGCGUUUCAGAUGCCCUGUCAUUCGCAGAGUCGUGAGACGGGGGAGAAGACUGUGAACGCAGGCAAACACGCGUACCCUCACAACAGCAAAGACAAGAAUCCGGUCAACGCUUACAUCGAAGAGGAUAUACUUAUGUUAGCCGUCACUGGAAUGGAUGCGUUCGCGGCGUUCCUACUCUUCCUCUCGACAGUUGUGUUAUGUGUGGACGCGAGAGAAGAGGCCAUUCAGGACGAGUACGUGGCCCGAGUCAGGUCUAGUGUCUAUUAAAUCAUUUACACAUUACACUCACUUUUGCGCACAAAUAACUCUUUUCACUCAAAUAAAAACUCAAACAACAAACAAAUUUACAC